AUGAACAUUCUUCCUCACAAAAGCUGGCAUGUAUAUAACCGCGAAAAUAUUGAGAAAGUUCGCAAGGACGAAGCAAAAGCUAAGCUAGAAGAAUCUUCAAAACAAGAACGAGUCCAACUAGCAGAAAGUGAAGCUAGACUUAAUCUACUACGACAGCGAGCAGAAAAACGGCUAGAGGAAUCCGGAAUCAGUAACAAUGCACUAUCUACAACCAGCCAGACUCUGAUCACAGAAGAAACUCCAUGGUACUCUGAGAAAAAAAGCGAUAAAUACACAGAUACUCAUGUUAGACGGUACAAGCCAAAGGACGAGAGCAGCAAAAGAAAAAGAAAACCUGCUAUAACAACAGAGGAAGAUCCCAUGGCUAUUGUUAAAAAGCAUUUAGAUAAGAGGGAAAAAGUCAAGAAUCCUUACAGUUACUCUAAACGACCUUCAAAAACAAAGUCGAAAUCCACAAAUGCAUCUUCAACCUCAACUCAAUCAUCCUCUAUCGAGGCGCUUCGCGCACAACGGCUGGCCCGUGAACAAGCUGAACGUGUACGAACAAAGGCUGUUGUAUAUGGCGAAGUAGCUGCCCCCAAAGAGCACCGUUACAAUGCCCAGUUUAAUCCUAAAGAGACUGCUCAGGCUAGAGACAGACGCAAACCUUCAUUUCGAUGA